ACCAAUCACAGAGAGGGUCUCCCUCUGACGUCACAACCGCUCUCUUCCUUACAUUCAGAAAACAAGUCGGUUAGUUGAAGCAGCUCAGUCAGAGAUCAUCAGAGCGUGUGGCAAGACAGAUGAUGUGGUGUGUUGUGGUGUGUGUGCUUGUCCUCUCUGGGCUCGUACACACUGGACCGACUGUCCUGAGACACUCCAAUAAGCUACAGCAGAGGCUGGACCCUGAAGUGCACAUGAACAUUACAGAGAUCAUCCAACGGUGGGGUUACCCUGCGGAGGAGCACGAGGUGCUGACGGAGGAUGGGUACAUCUUGACUGUGAACAGGAUCCCAUGGGGACUCAGACACACUCCAGGUCCGAGGCCGGCAGUGUUGCUCCAGCACGGCCUCCUGGCUGCUGGCAGUAACUGGAUCACCAACCUGCCGAACUGCAGUCUGGGAUACGUGCUGGCCAACGCCGGGUACGAUGUGUGGCUGGGAAACAGCCGAGGAAACACCUGGUCCAGGAAACACCAGACCCUCCAACCAGACCAGGAGGAGUUCUGGAGGUUCAGUUAUGAUGAGAUGGCUCUGAAGGAUCUGCCAGCUGUUGUAAACCACAUCCUGAAGGUGAGUGGGCAGGAACAGAUCUACUACAUCGGACACUCCCAGGGAACCACGAUAGCAUUCAUAGCGUUCUCCAGGUUGCCUGAUCUAGCCAGUAAGAUCAAGCUGUUCUUCGCUUUGGCUCCUGUAGCAACCGUCGCCUUCACCAGCAGCCCCAUGACCAAACUGUCCGUCCUGCCAGACUUCCUCGUCUGGGACCUGUUUGGUAGGCGGGACUUCCUGCCUCAGAGUCACAUGAUCGAGUGGUUUGCUGAACACGUGUGUGCGAAGCAGCUUCUCAGUGAACUGUGUGGAAACCUGUUCUUCAUCCUCUGUGGCUUCGACGAGAAAAACCUCAACAUGACUCGGACUCCAGUCUACACCACACACUGUCCUGCUGGGACCUCAGUCCAGAACAUGGUCCACUGGGCCCAGGCUGUUCAUGGAGGGAAACUCAUGGCGUUUGACUUUGGACCUGCAGGAAACAUGAGACACUACAACCAGUCCACUCCCCCUCAGUACCAUGUCCAGGACAUGAAGGUUCCCACCGCUCUGUUCUCAGGGGGACAGGAUACGCUGGCGGACCCCAAAGACGUGUCUGUCCUCCUCACUCAGGUCUCUCACCUGGUCUUCCAUCAGCACAUUGAACAUUGGGAACAUCUAGAUUUUAUCUGGGGUCUGGAUGCUCCUGAGCAGAUGUUUCCCUCCAUCCUGAAGCUGCUGCAGGAACACCACUAGUGUGUGUGUGUGUGUGUGUGUGUGUGUGUGUGUGUGUGUGUGUGUGUGUCUGUGUGUGUCUGUGUGUCUGUGUCUGUGUCUGUGUGUUCUCUCACAGCAGCUGCAUCAGUCUCUGAAAAGUUUUAUCCAUUCACUCUCUCCACAUCUGUACAGCUGUGAUGAGCCAUAACACGUGGACCAGCUGUAGACCAGAACCCAGAGUGGCUCAGGUCACUUCCUGUCUGAUCAUCCCAUCGACAGACUUCCUGUGUGACAUCUUCGUGUCUAGGCUCGUCGUUUUUGUCUUUUAUUGUGAAGGGCCACGUAGCGGGUCCUGAGUGUGAAGGUUAUUUUAUUUUGUAGCAGCAGCAGGUGUGGGUGAAGUGUUCACCUGUUCUGUGACCUAGUUUGAACUUUGUACCUGUGAACUGGCUUUACUGGUUUUUAAGUGUUUCCAUUUUAUGUCUGUUUGUUUUAUUUUUCAUCAGGAAACACGGCUCAUGCUAAUGUUAGCAUCAUAAACAUUGAUAACUGUGAUUAGUUUUUUCAGUAUUAGUCAUUGAGUAAAAAUUCAUUUUCGGAGGGAUAGCCACGUCCAAUCAUGUGACUUGAAUCGUGGUGGGCGGGGCUAAACAUUUGUAGCAUGAUGUCUUCUAUAUUGUAAUCAAUCAUUUUGAAUCUUUUUUUUUUUUAAUCAACUGUCCAAUCAAUAUAAAUGAUAAAUAAAUAAACAGAGU